AUGAAAAGAGAUAUGCAGAGAGCGGCUACCCUCUAUUAGAUAAUAUAACUUAUGAAAGAAUCACUCAAAUAAAAUAAUAAAUAGAGUCUCAACUUCCAAUAUCUAAAGAUCAUCAUCCCAGUUUUGUUCUCACUGAUAAUAGAGAUAAGGAAUUUGGCUAUGUAAAUCCACAAAAUCGUAAUGAAUUCAGACAAUAUGAUCAAGAUGGGAAUAGAUAUUUGA